CAGAUGACCUGGCCGACGAGAUGGAGGACGUGGACUUUGAUGAUGAGGGGGCAGAAGAGCCCGACGCCGAGGCUUGGGAGACGGAGGAUGAUGAGGGGGUGGAGGACGGCAUGGAGGCGCAGGACGACAGCGAGGUCACGUUCUCCCUCCACUCGGCUUCUGUUUUCUGUGUGAGCCUCGACCCCAAGACCAACACGCUGGCGGUGACGGGCGGGGAGGAUGACAAGGCCUUCGUGUGGCGUGUGAGCGAUGGAGAGCUCCUGUUUGAGUGCUCAGGACACAAGGACUCAGUCACCUGUGCCGGCUUCAGUCACGACUCCGUGUUCGUGGCCACAGGUGACAUGUCUGGGCUUAUCAAAGUGUGGCGGGUGGACACCAAGGAGGAAGUGUGGUCCUUCGAGGUGGGGGACUUGGAGUGGAUGGAGUGGCACACUCAAGCCCACGUCCUUCUGGCGGGCACGGCUGAUGGCAACUCCUGGAUGUGGAAGAUUCCCAGCGGAGACUGCAAAACCUUCCAGGGCCCUGCAUGCCCAGCCACAUGUGGCAGGAUCCUGCCUGACGGGAAGCGAGCGGUGGUGGGGUACGAAGACGGGACCAUGCGCAUCUGGGACCUGAAGCAGGGAACCUCGCUGCAUGUCCUGAAAGGCCAGGACGGCCACCAGGACCCCUUGACAUGUGUAGCCAGCAACCAGGAUGGCAGUUUGAUCAUGACGGGCUCUGUGGACUGUCACGCCAAGCUGGUCAACUCCGCCACAGGCAAGGUGGUGUGUGUGUUCAAGAUGGAGAGCAUGGCCCCCAAGGCCCCGGCCGGUGAGGGUGAGGAGGCAGAGUCCAACUCGGUGGAGUCGCUGGGCUUCUGUAACGUGAUGCCACUGGCUGCUGUGGGCUACCUGGACGGCACACUGGCUAUCUACGACCUCUCCACACAGAGUUUGAGGCAUAAGUGCCAACACGAGUCGGGGAUUGUACAGUUGCAGUGGGAGGAAAGCUCGGCCGUGGUGUACACCUGCAGCCUGGAUGGGGCCGUGCGGCUCUGGGACGCCCGCUCGGGGAAGAUGAUCAGCGAGUACCGAGGGCACUCAGCCGAAAUCCUCGACUUUGCCGUCAACAAGGAUGCCUCCAUCGUGGUAACAACCUCUGGCGACCACCAAGCCAAAGUGUUCUGCGUCCAGCGCCCCGACCGCUAGGAACUGUGCUGAGGGAUGGUGCCCUGGCUCUGCCCUGGCUCAUGUACAGAGGAAUGAGGGAGAUGGGUUUCACCACCCUUCUCCCGUGCGUGCUUUGUAAUUUUCCAGCAUGCCCCGCUUUGCCCUUACCCCCUGGGGGCCAAGCCUGGGGUUUUGUAUGAAAAUGUCUUUAAUUAUAUAAAUUAUUUCACUUAACU